CGCAUGGGAUGGGGCUGCUCAUGAGCCGCUUCGCUUACCAUGAGUGGAAUAGACUUGGCAAGUUAGACACUGCUCUUCUCGCAUGGGAGUGCGCCUGCGAGGUUUUCGAUGCUCUGGAAGACGUGAUUCCGAAAUUUCAAGCUACAAUGUCUCGGGCAGUGGCUCAUCAUGAAAUGUUCAACAGCUCGGCAGCAAAAUUAAUCGCUCACGAAGCGCUAGCCCUGGUAGACUCUGUCAGUGAUACAUACGACAGAAUCUCGAAUGACGCCCCCGAUACUCCAUUGGGAAUAGCUGACAGGAAGACUGUGCUUGCGAGCAAAUUCUCUACCAUUUGGACGUUUGAAACCAACCUUAAUCAAAUUCUCCUUAGAUUGGAGGAUUUCGAGGCGCUUGAUGGGUGGCAGAAGAAGCUCACUGCUUUUAUCGAAAGAGAUGCAAGUUUUCAGCAUUUCAUCCAGAGCAUAGAGCAUAAUGAUGAUUCAGGCAUGUCUCUUCUCGAUUUCGGUUACUCCCAGCCUAGAUUAAGAGGGCUGUGGAAAGAAACAAUGGCACAUCAUGCAAUCAGACUCAGGUACGCUUCAGCGGACAUCAAAAGUCGGCAGUGCCUGGUGGAAGGGGAUAUAGACGCAGCUAAGAAGACACUCCGUCGCUUCGUGAGCGACGCCGAACAUAUGGAGCCGGUGUACACGCGAGAUCUUUAUCGCAUAUUAGCUUGCGUGCAUAAUGGAGAUCGUGCCAAAGCCCGGUCUAUACUAGACACCAUAAGUGAUGACAUGCUUUUUGGAGGAAGUUUGGAGGAGUUCCUUCAGGGAAAGGCGCUCACAACUACCUUUCCGACUAUAGCAGAGAAUGCGCUGAUGUUCACGAUAUUUGGGAAUGAUAUGCAAAGGGCUUGGCGGGUGGUCAACCUGAUCAAGAACAUAGCCCCAAGCUUCUUCAACUGGAAUUUUGAGAAUGUCUACAACUAUUCUUAUCGACUUGGAAACUAUGGCACGAUCCUUCUCAACACCUAUUGCACCCAAGAAGCCUUUCGCCGGCUUCUUGAAGCGCGUCAGCUAAUUGAGCUUCGUCGAAGCUGUACGACUGACCUAGAUGCACGGAUUGGAAACUCGAUGUCUAGGUGGAUUUACGAAGUAUUCUUGGAUCUCGCGCGCGCAUGUCUCGAUUGCGAGGAAGCUGGUGUUCCGCUGGCCGUACUGGCUCAGUACGAACAUGGACAUCCUGAGAAUAUUUCCUGGAAAGAGCACGCAUUGCUUUUCUUGGAAGAAAGCAGAGCUCGCGCAGUACUUGACUCCCUCCAUGUUAAAGGAAGCUUAGAGGAGAAGUCCGGGAGGAAGAACACUUUACUUUCGGAAGCCAUGUACAAGCAAAGAGCUUUCAGAAUGCUACUCGCUCUGGACCACCUCAGUCCCGAGCAGGAGAAGGAGAUUUCACAACUUCGGAAAGAGAUUCGUGAGCUGGAAAGCAGCGGGCUUUCUUCAACGGCCAUAAGGUUCAUCGCUGCAACAAACUCGAUAGUCGAGCCUCUAUCUUUGUUCCAGACCGUUGACGAGGAUACAGUAGUGAUUGAGGCGACAUUUGGUAUUCAAGGUUUCCUGGCAUUCGCGGUUACGAGGGACGGGAUUCAAAAAGCCCACUAUGGAGCAGCGCGUGCCGUUGACCUGCAGAUGCCUGCCAUGCGUUUCAUGCAGGUCAUAAGAGAAAUGACAGGAUACAUCGGAGAGGAGGAAGAGAAACGCAAACGAGUCCUCCACGAGCUAUCUGCAGAAAUCUCUGCAGUGUUGUUGGCGCCGUUUUCAAGCACGAUUAGACACAAGUCUCAUAUCAUCUUUUCCGUAUCAGAUCCCUUCACGGCAUUUCCUUUCGCUGCACUCUUCUUCGAUGGCAGACCUCUUGUCGCACAUGCAUCAGUAUCACAGAUUCCAAGUCUGACAGUCUUGCAUCAUGUAUCCCAGCGGCAGUCCGCCUUACGAUUACCAACACCUACAGUAUCGGUGUUUGCAAAGUCGCCUGUCGGACCCUCAACCGCUGAAACACGAGCCGCCGAUGAGGUUAACCUACACAUGGCAGGUAUCGAGGCAGUCAACAUCGCCCGAAUGUUCUCUACUUGGCCGAUUGAAGCGUCGUGCCUCUCACGAAAGGACUUUCGCGAAUAUAUCAGAGGCACAGCGUGCGUUCUGCACAUCGGAACUCACGGUGAUGUGGAUUUCAACAACCCUCUCAUGUCUUCGAUAUCGAUCGGGGAAGACUUUCGUGUUCUAGAUCUAUCCGAGAUACAAAGUAAUGCAAGUCUUUUGGUCUUUGCGGCCUGUUUGAGUGGCCUUGGCAAGGCUACCAUCGGAAGCGAGGUCCUGAGCUUCUCUCACGUCGUGCUCGGCACCGGAUGUCAGGCCUUCAUGGGUACCCUGUGGAAGGUCAGCGACUUUGGGUCUAUGCUGAUGAUGAUACUCUUUUAUCGAAACCUCAAAGAGAAAAAGCAUCUCUCCUUGGCCGAGGCAUUAAGAGACGCACAAACUAAGCUACUUGACUUUAAUAGUGAGAAGGCGAGCCAAUUUCUGGACGACUUACUGGAGCUAUGGACCUCGCAAACAGCUGGUAAUGCGACCCUUUGUCCUGCUGAGUUCGUGCCCGACGCGGAAUUUCUUCUUCUGACAUCGAAAAUGAUUUUGGAUCAACUGGAUUGGUCGAGCCCGUUUUACUGGGCACCAUUCAUGCUGAUGGGGUUUGGCGGUCAUCGCCUGUCAUAUCAGGAGCCUUAGUGAUGGUGUAAUAUCUUUAUGGUUGGUGUAGAUCUAGUUUGAGG